AUGCCAAUACCGACUUGAUCAUACGUACCGUGUCCUUUGGCCUGUCGGUCAACGCAGUGCCCAACCUAACUUUAAAACUAUCGCGCGCAACCCCUCCCCUCCGACCAAGAAACAACCGACAAAUCGGAUGCAGUUCCGUCGACUAUUAUCAUUCGGCCGGUUGAUCUGUUCGAUAACAAAAACAUUGUUAACGAGAGGUUUUUUUUUUAAGUCGACAAAUAAUUUUUAUUUAUCAGUGUUCUCAGAGUUCAUAGUGUUCACGAUUCCGUCCACUCUGUAGUAGUUGUUCGCUGAUUUUAACAAUAACAACCACUCCGUUCGUAUCGUAAAAUAGUGUAUUGUGAUAGUUUAAAUCUUUAUAAUAGCAACAGUGUUCGACUUCAGUUAAAUUUGUUGUUCGUCGUCUUGCCGUUUAUUCGCCAUGAAGUGUGCGGCGUACUCCUGGACGAUGCGUUUGUGCAUCGUUUUCCUCAUUUUCGGUACACGUGUUGUAUGCCAUGGAAAACAUGAAAAACGACAAAUCGUAUCAGUUUGUUCUGUAGAACAGUAUCAAUGUUCGAACGGCAACUGCGUUGACUCGAUAUUGAUUUGCGAUGGACAUGCAGAUUGUACGGAUGGAUCCGACGAAACGCCAAAACUGUGCACCAAUAUUAGUUGCCCGAGCUACUUGUUUCGUUGUAAAUACGGUGCCUGUGUGAACCAAAAUUCCAAAUGUAAUGGCAAAAACGACUGCAUUGAUGGAUCCGAUGAAAGCUCUUCCGUUUGCUCAGGAAAUAAUCCUAGCAAACCCAAUAGUCCCACAUGCCAAAAUGAAAAUGAAUACCGCUGCAAGUCUGGUCAGUGCAUCGACAGUACAUCUACUUGCGAUGGAGUUCGCGAUUGCAGUGACGGAUCCGAUGAGACGAGAACUCUGUGUAAAGAUAUCCAGUGCCCAGUGUAUUCGUUUAAGUGCAAAUAUGGUGGUUGUGUUAAUGGGUCAAGCAGAUGUGACAAUGUGAUACAGUGCCUGGAUGGCUCUGAUGAGGAAAAAUGUUACAAUUCAAUAACAACAGUAAAAACACCAACGAAAUACACAACCCGUCCAACUUCGAUCAGUCAAACGACGCAGUCUAAUACGAAGAGAAGAUGUGUGAUACCAACCGUGGAGGGUUCUAAAUACUCUUACAAUAAUUCAAACGAAAAUACUAUUUUGUCUCCUGGGAGUCUGGUUGAUGAGAAUCGAAUCGUCGAAGAGAACUGUGAAGAAGGUUACCAUAAAGCGGUACCUUAUAGGUUCAUGAUAUGUUCAGGUGGUAAUUGGACUCCAUUAGUUUCCGAAAAAUUAUGUUUGAAGAAAUGUCGACCUUUAACGUCGGAUGGCUUGGAUAUGAAAUGCGCACUUGAUGGUAAAACCGUUGACUGUUCUAUACCAUCGAUACCGGGUACUACGUUGACGCCCUCGUGUAAAGUUACGCACGGCAUACCAAACGGAGGUGUGGAAAGUCCAGUGGAAUUGCUCUGUCUACCCAACGGAGAAUGGAGAGGGGCUCUGUAUACGUGCACUCCAAAUUGCGGUCGACCGUACAUCCCUAACGAAGCGUUGAUUCUUCACGGCAAAGAAGCGAAUUACGGAGCAGCUCCUUGGAAUGUUGGAAUUUACCGGAAAAAUGAACAAAACACUUAUGAAAUGAUAUGCGGGGGAUCGUUGAUCACAACGAAUUUAGUUGUCUCCGCGGCGCAUUGCUUUUGGAACAAAGAUUUAACUAGCAAAAUUAUACUGAAUAGUAAUUCCUUGUACAAAAUUGGCGUUGGAAAGUAUAAUAGAGAUAUUUCGGUUAAAGACAACGAUUUUACACAAAUAAUGGACGUCGGAUUAAUUUACCUGAACGAAGACUUUUACGGACCUCCCGGACUUUACGCUAAUGACAUAGCCAUUAUUUUGCUGACGAAAAAAGUUCAGUUAAGCAACGUUGUUAUGCCUGUUUGUGUCGACUGGUUCAAAAGAUAUACCAUAUCGAAUGGAGCUAUUGGAAAGAUCGUCGGUUGGGGACAAACGGAGACCGGAUCGGCGAGUCCUAAAUUAUUAGAAGCACUAUUGCCAUACAUCGACCAAAAGGCAUGUCGGGAAAUGUAUUCAGACGCAUUUAAAUUCUUCGUUACUCCUGAUAAAUUUUGCGCCGGUUCUAAGUUGGGACAAGGAGUUCAUUCCGGAGACAGCGGGGCAGGCCUGACUUUUGUGCACGGUAUCGGUAGUAGUUCUUUGCAUUAUUUGACAGGAAUAACGAGCGUUAAGGAUCCGACAGAGAACGAAGCAAUAGCAGUUUUUACUGACGUAACUCAUCACAUCACGUGGAUCAGUACAAUUUACAAAAAUUUCACGUACGCGAACGACAACAAAAACCGGGCGAACAACCCGGUGUAAAACUGACCGAUCUACUGAUAAUAAUAAUAAUAUACAUUAUAGCAAAAAUGUAUGAUGUAAUCGUUAUAAUACUCUCGUCAGUUAGAUCAUUUUUUAUUUUUACAUUUAUUAUUGAGAAACCAUACAAACAAUACACUGCAAUUAUCCAAGUAUAAUAUUCUGAUAUGGGGGUUUUAGGUUCCAUAUGAUAUCUAACCUACUGUUUACUGAUUAUUAUAAGUAAAGAGCGGAUUUAAAUUGAUAUUACAACUUUUUAUUGAUAUCCAGUAAAUCAAAUAUGUA